UCUCGCUAUCUCAUUAUUUCUUCUCAUCUUCAUCAUUUUUAUUUGUUUUAAAUGCAAUUGAUUUUCUGUAUCUAUGAAAUUUGAUCCAUUUUCGCAAAAUAGAUUCAGAUCACUGGGUGAUUGGAAGGAAAAUUAUUCAAUUACUUUGAAAGAUUGGAAUAUCUUCACGUGUUUGCAAAAUGAGUAAAAUGAAAGACGAUUUGAAUUUGAUGCUUGACAUCACUUAAUGCUUUUACAAGCAACUGAAGAGUUAAAUUAUGUUGUCAUAUACUUAUUCUCCAGGAGCUACGUUACUGCGUCGUAAAUGGUUCGAGAAAAAGAUGUCUGUUGGGAAUAUGCUGAGAAAUUAGAUGGAAACAAGGUAAGAUGUAAGUUUUGCCAAAGAGUUUUGAAUGGUGGCAUAAGUAGGUUGAAACAUCAUUUAUCUCGAUUCCCAAGUAAAGGGGUAAAUCCUUGUAGCAAGGUCAGAGAUGAUGUUACAGAUAGAGUAAGGGGUAUAAUAGCAUCAAAGGAAGAGGUCAAAGAAACCUCUUGCGUGAAGAAACAAAAACUAGCAGAAGUCAAGUCACCCAGUAAUCUUUCGGCAACUAAAGCUCUUGUAUCUUUGGAUGCAGCAUCCCCUCUUAUGAAGAUUUUCCCCACCGGUAAUCCUAUGACCCCUUCCUCUACAAACAACCAAGAGAAUGCAGAGAGAAAUAUUGCUCUAUUCUUUUUUGAGAAUAAGUUGGACUUCAGUGUUGCAAGGUCUUCAUCGUAUCAGUUGAUGAUUGAUGCCAUUGCAAAGUGUGGUCCUGGAUUUGCUGGUCCAUCAGCAGAAAUCCUGAAAACCACAUGGUUGGAAAGGGUAAAAUCAGAAGUGGGCUUACAGUCAAAAGAUGUUGAGAAAGAGUGGGCAACUACAGGUUGUACCAUCAUUGCAGACACAUGGACUGAUUAUAAAUCAAAGGCCAUAAUUAAUUUCUUAGUCUCUUCACCAUCCAGGACCUUUUUCCAUAAAUCUGUGGAUGCCUCUCCAUAUUUCAAGAACACGAAGUGGCUGGCUGAUCUUUUUGAUUCUGUAAUUCAAGAAUUUGGCGUAGAAAACGUUGUUCAAAUUAUUAUGGACAGCAGUGUUAACUAUACUGGUAUUGCAAAUCAUAUUGUGCAGAGCUAUGGAACUAUAUUUGUAUCUCCUUGUGCCUCUCAAUGUUUAAACCUAAUCUUGGAGGAAUUCUCCAAGGUUGAUUGGGUUACUAGAUGUAUUUUACAAGCACAAACGAUUUCAAAGUUAAUAUACAAUAAUGCCUCAUUGCUUGAUCUUAUGAAGAAGUACAGUGGAGGCCAGGAACUUAUCAGGACUGGGAUCACAAAGUCUGUAUCCACCUUUAUGUCUUUACAGUCUAUGUUGAGGUUGAGAACAAGAUUGAAGAAUAUGUUUCACAGCCACGAAUAUGCCUCAAACACUUCUUAUGCAAAUAAACCACAAAGUAUUUCUUGUGUUGCAAUUGCUGAAGAUGGUGAUUUCUGGAGGACAGUGGAAGAGUGUGUGGCCAUCUCUGAGCCCUUUUUAAAAGUAUUGAGGGAAGUAUCAGAAGGGAAACCAACUGUAGGUUCCAUAUAUGAGCUAAUGACAAGGGCCAAAGAAUCAAUCAGGACAUACUACAUAAUGGAUGAGAACAAGUGUAAGACAUUCCUAGAUAUAGUUGAUAAAAAGUGGCGAGACCAACUCCAUUCACCUCUACAUGCUGCUGCUGCUUUUUUGAACCCCAGUAUUCAAUACAAUCCUGAAAUAAAAUUUAUUUCUUCCAUAAAAGAAGACUUCUUUAAUGUUCUGGAGAAAUUGCUUCCUGUACCAGAUAUGAGGCGUGACAUCACCAAUCAAAUCUAUACUUUUACGAAGGCACAUGGCAUGUUUGGCUGUAGCCUAGCAAAGGAGGCAAGGCAUACAGUUGCACCCUGGCUUUGGUGGGAGCAGUAUGGUGAUUCUGCUCCAGGGUUGCAACGAGUUGCCAUUAGAAUAUUAAGUCAAGUUUGUAGCACCUUCUCAUUUCACAGGCAGUGGAGUACCUUCAGACAAAUUCACUCCGAGAAGCGGAACAAGAUUGAUAGAGAAACAUUGAAUGACCUGGUUUAUAUAAACUACAACCUGAAGUUAGCUAGACAGAUGAAUGCUAAGUCUUCAGAAGUUGAUCUGCUUCAAUUUGAUGAUAUUGACAUGACUUCUGAGUGGGUGGAGGAGAACGAAACUGCAAGUCCAACACAGUGGCUGGAUCGUUUUGGUCCAGCCUUGGAUAGCAAUGAUUUGAAUACGAGACAGUUUGGUUCUUCUAUAUUUGGUGCAAAUGACCCCAUAUUUGGAUUGUAAUUUUGUAUCCAUUAUGUACCAUAGCGGGUGUUCUUUCUAGUUCUCAGUUUUUCUUGUAGGAGUGUAUUCGAAAGUGAUGUAAAGACAGGACUCUAUUAUUUGUCUCCCUCUGCCAACUCGUGGGAGCAUAGGAUUGUUGAUUAAUGAAUUGUAAUUUUUCUUUAUCAAAAUAUAGAAAUUCAACAAUCACAUUUGAUUUUGGAGUCA